AUAACAUUGUAGCGUUUUCCUCUACUUCCUUAGCUACUGUAACUGCACACUGGAAGCACGUCAGGGGAAAGUUUACUACAACAUGCGGACGUUAUUUGCCGACAGUACUAGGCACAGGUUUAUAUUCAGUUUUCAGAAAUAGGGCUAGAGCAGGGAUUCGACGUGUGAAUAGUCACAGCACGUUGGACGUUAGCUCACCGAGGUAGGCUAGCUGUUAGUUUAGCAUCAGCACGUUUGUAAAAGAAUCAAAACAUCCGAAGAGUUCGUGGUAAAUUGUUUCCUCUUGGCAGUGUAGGACUACCACCUGCAGGAAGAAAAAUACCUUACUUAAGUCUAACUACUGUGCUGAUCAUGGAUGACCUGGAAAGAGAACUAAUUCCUCUUGAAGAGUUGGAUGAUGACGACAAUGAUGACGACAAUGAUUCCUCAGACGACAACUCUACAAAAGAAGGAAAAAAGUCAAAACUCCCCUUGGUUAAUCCUGUUUGUGUUGAGACGCCAAAGGAAACUGGAUUUCAUCAGAGUGUGAGAAUCUGUCUGGAGCAGAUCAGAGAAGCCCUGCUGCAUCACAGAUGGCAAGAGGCAGCAGAAUAUAUGGCUUGUUACCCCCAAAUGUUAGAAGACACAACUAGAGGCAAACAGCAGCAGUAUAAAGAGAUAACUUGGAGAAUCGCCACUGAAAUUCUCCACCACCACCCCAACUCAAAGAUGGAAGACUACAACAACAUCUAUGAAAGAAUGAAACAUUCAGGAGUUAAACAUUACCUCAUGAUCUGUCUGGAACAUUCAUUUCACCUGCUGCUCCACGGCCAGAUCCAUGAUGCAAAGCGGGAGCUGUCUGUCGCUGAAAGUUGGAGGCACGGCAAAGAGUCAGCAGCUCAGUAUCAGAGGACUAAACUGAUCCACGCCUACAGAAGUUUACUGGAUUACAUCAUCUGGUGUGACAAAAAGCAUACACACUCCAACACUGAUUAUUCAGACUCUGGCAACAACCAGGACAUGAACAACUACUUCAGACAGGCUUCAGUGAAUUUAAAGGAGAUUUUGAAAAAUCCAGGCAUCUGGGAUCCCUUCAUACUGAGUUACGUUGAGAUGCUGGAAUUCUAUGAGGAUCACGAGGAGGCUUUGAAAGUCCUGAAUGACUACGCAUAUGACCACACUUUUCCCCCCAACCCCAACGCGCAUGUCUAUCUGUACCAAUACUUAAAGAGGCAUGAUACUUCAGAGAGGAAGUUGAUGAAAGUAUUGAAGAUCCUCCAUACAUUAGUCCCAAGUCAUGAGAUGAUGUUGGAGUACAGCUCUCUUCUGCUUCAGUCAGAGAAAAAAAGUGACAUCCAGAAGGCUUUGGGAGUCGUUCUGGAUAUGCUCGACUACGCUUGCUGGAGGACCAACUUGGACGUGUGGAAGCGUUUAAAGGACAUUGUUAAGAAAUUACAGUUACAAGAAGACUGGAAGGAGGUUGUCUCUGGAAAGAUGGCUGCAAGAAAAGACUGGUGGCCUGCACUGCACUUCACAAGAUUUCAUGUCAGAGAAGACUCCCAGGACAACCCGCAGCUGAUGGAGGUGAAGGCAUCACUGACAAGCAUCCUUUGUCCAGACCAAAUGCUUAAAUACUCUGCUGGAGAGGUAAUCAACGGAGAGUGGACAUGAGACAAGAACACAAAGAAAACAUAAAACUGUGACUUCAAACAGUCUAGAACAAAGCUGAGAGGCUGACGGAAAUCAGCCAAAAACUCUGGUGAAGUUGUCUUGAUGAAUUCAGCAGAGUCUUAAGAAAAGCGAUGUUUAUAAGAUUUUAUUGUUCUUCUCUGUGAUAAAAUAUUCUUCACUCAAGGUCAAGGACACGCCGAUAUGUGUUCUCAAGGUUUUGCUUUUAAAACUUUGUUCCUUUUUAUUAUCAAGGCACUGGUGUCUUUGUCCACUAUGUGGAGCUCUUGCUCUGUGUUUUUGUAUUGAAUAGCUGCUGGAUAUAUGACCACCUUAUCUUGACAGAAACUGAAUGUGGCUCUGACUCGGUGUUCAUGCAGGUUUUGUGUUUUUUUUUUUGUUUUUUUUUGUAAACUGUUAUCGAAAGCAGAGUCUCACUAUGCCCUCAGCUGACCUUUGACUGCUGCAUGGACUGAUUUUAAGGUCACUAGCGAGUGUACACAUAACACACAGCCUGGGGGAUUUUCUAUCUGUCAACAUUAUUGUCAUGACAGAACAGAAAGUCAACACAGACCUUUCAGCAAUUGGAUAUGCUCAGGUUUAACUUAAUGUGACGGAUUACUGACAGGUGGUUACUCUGGGGGAGGAAACAAAUUGCGGUAACCAUCAAUUUAAAAUGAAUGUAAAAGGUGCCUUCAUUAGGAGAUCAUAACUGAUUUGUGGUCAGUCUGUAUAUGUGCUUGUAGUAGUAAUUUCUGUAAAAAAAAAAAAAGAUUUUUUUGUUGUAGGAAUGUUUCCAAUGGCAUGACAGGAUCCUGGCCUUCAAACACAGUGCUUACUCUCUUGAGCCCUUUGCACCGAACCAUGAAAUAAAAUCUUGCAUCCAGCUGCAUGCCAAUUUAAUAAGUGAAAGUGUUGGUAAUGAUUCAGUUUCGGCUUGCCACAAUGUUGGCCAUGCAGCAAGUCAGUCAGCCGUACUGUAUGUGUGUGUUGCUUUGCAGUCAUUACAUAAACCAAAGCCCAAAGCACUUGCCCGACCACAGGAGCAGCUGCAGAAGGGAUCUGGGAAUACAGAACACAUGUCGUUUGAAAAUGCAAAACUCUGGGAGCGGCGAAGAGGAUCGAGUCGGGAGCUGGUCACCGCUUUGGAUUGUGUCCUGGCUGUGACCGCUUUUUUUUUCAUCACCUACACAGAUGCUCACAGUCGAGUUUCUUCCUCAAGGGUACCUUGACAGUUAAGAUCUAGUUUUAUUCCCAGAGAUUCGACAUGGAGACUCUCUGGUCUCAGGCCUUCUUGUACAUUGACUCAAUUCAAUGUCGCUCCACAGAAGACCCUCUUGUGUUAGAUUACUGUUCCUCACUAGAUUGCACCUUCAGAUGAGUGACGAGAGUUAAAAUUCAAAUCAUUCGAUUUUUGUCAUUUGUUCUCACCAAACCUCCACAAUUCAAUUGAUUUAUGUCAACAAGGACCUUGCUUGUUUGGGUUUUGUUUUCUCCCUGACAGUAGUAGUCAGACAAUUAACCUGAAGAACUGCCCGACCCUGAGGAAGAUGUUAUCAUCAACUGUAUUGGGGACCAUUGAGAGUCACAAACAACAAAUAGUGUCCUGAGUGCAGCUAUCAGCUCAUUGUUGCCUCCUGAGGCAGCAGCAGAAGGCUAGGGCAGGCUGUCCUCACUGUCAACAAGACUUCUACUUACAUUUGCAGGUUUGAGCCCUGCAGUUUCUAUGUGUGCUUGGUCAUGACAUAGGCAUGCCAAAGAAUCAGUUCAUGGAUAAAAUAAUCAGACUGGAUUGGCUAAUAAAGCUUUGAAUUUGUGCA